AUUGGGGGCAGUGUGAAAAGGAGAAGUUCAUCAAGGUUAGUGAUUGUGUACAAUUAUUUGGAUGUUUCCAAUUUGACAUUCAAUAAAGUGACAAUGAAGGUGUUGGUAUGUGGCAAAAUGAUGUGUGGUGUUGGAUUUAAGCAUGUGAGAAUGCCACUGGGAGAGACGGCAGAAUUCAUGAGAGUGGGAAUACAAAGUUUGGCGACUUUACUUCCAUUUGUGAGGGUAGUUGAAUGGUUAGAGAGUCCAAUUGAGUUUGGGCAUGAUUUCAAGCAACAUCAUACCUAUCAUGUUUGUCGUGCAUACACUGGUCUUUCAAGCUGGAAUGACUUCAGGCUUUCUGUAAAGGUGAGGGGUGAUGGAGAAGAGAGGGGUGUGGAAGAUGAUGAAGAAGAGGAUGAGGAUGAUACAAAAAUGAUUAGUGAGAGUGAAAGAGAAAUAAGUAGUAAAGGUAAUCAAGUAGCAGAGACAACAUUAUUAUUAAAGGAAGAUGAACAAGAAGGGGCCGAUGAGGAUUAUAGUAAGAUGGACAAUGCAUUAUUAACAACACUACUUAUUCCUAACAGCAUCCCUCGCUGGUCAUUGUUGGUUCGACUGACAUUAAAAGAGAGUGAUAUUAUUAUUGGGAAUAAUAAUACAGGUUGUAGCAUCAUCCCUCAAGCUUCAAUAAUCCUCAAAUCACUCAAUGAAGAUUGCAGAAGGAGGAUUCAGCCUCUCUUGGCAGUACAACUCUCUUCCCCAGUAUCCCCUUUACCUCGUCAUUCUUUCACAGUCCGUUAUAACUACUUGGAGAGUACGCCACACGAUCCUUCUUUUCUUUAUUUCAGCAGUACAUACUGGUCAAGUAAUUAUUUUGAUAGUCAUGGCUUAGUUGUUCACUUUUUGAAGGACCACUUUAGAACAUAAAAAUUGUUAAUCUUAUCUUGGCUUCACAAUAA